AUGGCGGUAUUUGGAAUUUACGGGUGGAUGCCACUCUUGCAUCUUACCAUCACACCAUUUUCGAAGCUCUAUCCCACCUUCAAGGUAGAUUUCAUGUGUUUCGUGAAGGGAGGAUCGAGGUUUUCCGAUAUCAUACCAAAAUGGAAUGGAUUGACAAUUAAUAGUCGAAGCAUUGGCGGCCAAACUAAGAGAUCAGCAGGGAUCAUGGGAUAUUAUAAGUUGUCUCCAAAUACCGUUCGGGAAGGCGUUGAAAGCUUCCUCUUACAUGUCAUAAACAUGAGCUUCUUUGAGCGACUUAACUUGGCUUGGAAAAUAGUUUUCCCAUCUCCGGCAACUAGGAGGAGCUCGAAUGCAAAUAUAGCGAAGCAGCGCUUGAAGAUGAUCCUGUUCUCUAAUCGCUGUGCAGUUAGUGAUGAGGCGAAACAGAAAAUUGUCAAAAACAUCGUGCACGCUCUGUCAGAUUUUGUCGAGAUAGAAUCGAAGGACAAGGUUCAGCUUAGUGUCUCUACCGAUUCUGAUCUGGGAACUAUUUACUCCUUCACGGUGCCUGUUCGGCGGGUGAAGGCAGAAUACCAAGAGGAAAAUGAAGCUGGGACGAUAACAAAUAUCGAGUACAAAGAUACUGGAGACCGGUCUGGUUCGGUCGAUGUAAGGUUCGAUUUCUAUGUUUCAGACGAGUAGACAC